GUAUUUGUAUUUAGUACCGAAUUUUGAGAAAUUAGUGAGAGUCAUAUUUUUCGCGUUGAUAACACAAUAAUUUCAGUUGAUGUACUGUUUGCUACCUGAAGAUAGCAGUGAAUGGAGAGUGGAAAAUAGAGAGUCUACAUAGAAGAUUGAUAAUAGAAGAAUGUUCCAUGAUAUGAAUACUUAUACAAACAUACAUAUAACUGUAAAUGCAUGAAGAUGUAUUGAGCAAGGUCUACCUGUUCAUAGAAGAGUUGAUUUACUUGCAAAAUUUGUGGUUGGUUCCAAGCGAUUGUCUAUCUAGGCGAGCUUUUGCUAUAAAAACUCACUAAAGCAAUUCGGGAGCGAUUGAUUUGAAAACCGUUUAGUCGACAACGGACGCGUUUGCCAUAUAGGUAGAUGAGCUACACCGAAUAUUGUUUUUGAAACCCAAAAAAAGUGCCGUAAGUGUGUUGGAAUUCCUAAAAAAAAACCAACAAACAAUCAAUAUAAAAAUGAUUAACACAUUGAGGAAGUGCUCUAUUAUCUUAAUCUUCGUUACUUGUGCUUUGGCAGUUGAUUUACAGUACUCGGAAAUAGUAACGGUUAACAAUGAAACGCGUUAUAUUGUGCUAAAUCCAGAUACCGCUUUGACUUUGUUCAGUAAAAAUCAUUAUGUCGGCGGACAAUAUGUAUUCACAUCGGGCAAGAGAAUUUCAGGCGAUCGCUUGAUACUCAACUUCCAGGACUCAACGCAAUUCACUAAGGGUGAAGAUGUUGAAGCUCUACUACGUUAUCCAGCCAAGGGUACCGAUACAAAUAUUAUAACUCAGGUAGAUAUCUAUGCAGCAGUUUCUUCAGAAGAUGCCGACUCCUUCUUCGUUGAUGGCGGUAUCAACAAAUCCUAUUGUCAGAUACUUAUCGCCGGCAAUAAGACUAAUUAUAUCGAGUUUGAGAUGUUCAUUUAUGGUUAUUAGCUGUACGUCAUGUGUGCCGUUAUAUUGAAAAAUAAUACAUGAAAAAAUUUUUGUUGAGCAAAAAUUUGUGUCUCUGGAAAACUUAAAGAACAAACAAAGAUGAUUUAAUAAAACUGUGAUUUGAAGUAAAAUUUGAAUAAUGAAAAUUAAAAAAAAAGUUAUGCUACGUUGAGCGUAGUAACAAGUUUGCUGUGAAGAUAAAGUUAUUGAGUUUUUAGAGUUUUCCGCAAUAUUGUCUAAUAAUAAUAAUAAUAAUUACAAUAUGAAUAAUAA